AUGCCAACGACCAGCAACACGUCCAGGUUUAUGAAAAUGGGGGUUCACAGCCAAAUGUCAGUUCACACACAGUUCAGCCUACGGUACCUGGUUGGGGGAGGCAGUGUGGAUGAAGGCCUGUCAUCUACAGAAAACCUGAAAGGAUUUAUUGAGAUAAUAAUUCCAUUGUUAAUUGAGUGCUGGAUUGAAGCUGUGCCUCCACAGCUAUCUGCUUCUGUUGGAAAUGGUGUAGAACGAGAACCUCUACAGGUUAUGCAGCAAGUUCUUAACGUUAUUUCCGUUCUGUGGAAACUCUCUAAACAACAUGGUGAAACCCAUAAAUUGGAAUCAUGGCUUCGAAAGAAUUACCUCAGUGAUUUCGAACACCAUUUUAUGAGCCAUUUUCCAUAUGCCUUAAAAGAAAUAACCGAGCACAGAAGGAAAGAGACAAAUAAAAGCACGAAGCAUUGCACGAUUGUCUCCAAUAACAUAGAUCAUCUCUUACUGAAUUUAACACUGUCUGAUAUCAUUUUCUCCCUGGCCAGUGCCUCAACUUUGGCGAAGGAUUCCAGUUGGAUAGAAACGAUAAGGAAAUUUGUGACAGAGACCCUUGAAGAUGGUUUUAGGCUAAAUAGUAAGCAGCUGAACAGAUUGCUUGGUGUAUCAUGGAGGUUAAUGCAGAUACAACCAAACAGAGGCUGUCACGCCACCUGUGUGCACCACUGCCUGGGCUGCAUUUGGUCUCGAAGGGAUAAGAAGGAAAACAAACAUUUGGCUCCUACGAUCCGUGCUACCAUCUCUCAGUUUCAUACCCUCACCAAAUGUGUUGUCAGCACCAUCCGGGGGUGGGCAAAGAACUCAAAACUCGGCAGAGAGCCAGAAUCAUCGAGAAGUGGAUUAACAUUGCUCAUGGUGUGAUGCAGGGUACUGUGCCCUAGCUGGGCACCUUCCUGACUGACCUGACCAUGCUUGACACUGCUCUUCAGGACUCCAUCGAGGU